UUAUUCGAAUUACAAUCAUUCAGUGGACGUAUUUCAAUAAUGCUGACUAGUUACGUAUCAUAGAGAAUUGAAGUACCUACCUAUCCUAUGGGCUGAUGCAAUAGUUCAUAGUUGUUGAUGUUAUACAGAAUCUGAAAGCUUCAAUUUUCGAGUUUGCAGAGAAUUGAAGUACUUAUCCUGUGGGCUGAUGUAAUAGUUCAUAGUUGUUAAUGUUAUGCGAAUCUGAACGUUUCUACAUAUUUUCUAGUUUGCUCAAAAUCAGAAUCAUUACCACUUAGAUUAAAGUAUUUGUAUUUCAAAUUUUGUACUUUUUUCCGUCAACUUCUCUGUCAUAAUGGAUGAAGAACCAAUGAUUGAUUUCUUCAUGAAAAAGAAAAAGAAGAAGAACUCCAAUUUGGAUGCUGUUCUUGUAAAACCACCGGAUGACGAUGGAGAACUUAUGCAUACAUCGACGACUCUCGAUAAAGAAAACCAGGAGCCGACCACUAAUAAUGAAAACUUCGACGAUGGGUCGCUACAUUUGGACAGUUUUGGAAAAAAAGAGAAGAAAAAAAGGGCCACUUUCAAUUUGGAUGAGUUAAAUAAUGCAUUACCUGAAGGUGGAACUAUGUCAAACGAUGAUUUUACCGUCGAUCUCCAAAUGGGUCCAGAAACAAUUAUGGAUCGAGAAGAUUUCGAUUUGGACAUGGACUUUUCGAAAAUGAAGAAGAAGAAAAAAAAGAAGAAAGAUUUAGAUGAGUUGGCUGAGGAAGAGGUAGAAAGAAAUCUCGAAUCGAGAGAUGAAGGUUCAUGCUGCACUGAAAUUGAGGCGCCAUCAGUCAUUGCAGAGGAUGAAAGUCAAACAUGGAGUGGAUCUGAUCGAGAUUAUACUUAUGACGAACUACUCGCCAGGGUUUUUAAUCAUCCAGAUAUGGUAGCGAGUAAAAAACAAAAGUUUAUUGUAAAACCUCCUCAAGUCCUACCUGCUGGUGCAAAGAAAACUUCUUUCGUUAAUUUCAACGAAAUAUGCAAAACGUUGCAUCGUUCACCCAAACAUUUAUUGGAUUUCUUGAAGGCUGAGUUAGGCACUAGUGGUUCUGUACAUGGUGAAAAGCCAUUAAUAAUUAAAGGACGUUUUCAACAAAAACAGAUAGAAAACGUUCUUAAACGUUAUAUCAAAGAAUACGUUAAUUGUCAUACUUGUCAGUCUCCUAAGACAAUAUUACAAAAAGAUACUAGAUUAUAUUUCCUUCAAUGUGAAACUUGCGCGUCGCGGUGUUCUGUUGCUAGUAUUAAAUCAGGUUUUCAGGCUGUUACUGUCAAACGUGCUGCAAUCCGUGCCAAGACCGUGUAAUAACGAUCCAUAUUCUGAAAUUUUUAUUCUUAAAAAACCUCGCCUUGUUAUUUUUGUUAUUUUUUCAAAUUGUCGCUAUUUUAAAAAAAUGUCAAUUUUUUUGCAAAACUAGAGCAUGUCUAUCUGCCAGAAUUUCUGAAAAUUUAUUCCAGAAAACAUUAAUUAUUAAGUCAGUACUCUCAGAAUUUGUUUUUAUUAUCAGGUAAUAGAUAUUAUUCCUCCUUAAACAACCUGCAGUUUUCUCAAUAAAAAAAUUGUAUAUUUGAAUUUAUUAUAGCUCGUCGUUAAUAAUCUUUUGAGUAUUUUUUGGUUUAAACGUAGGCAUUACUUGAAGGCUUUUCCAAAAUAAGUAUCUCUCUUUCAAUAGUUCUUUUUUCAUCUCAUCAAUUUCAGUGGUAAUAUGAAGGUAUUCAAAAUCAUCGGAAAGGAUUGGUGUCCAUAGCUGUUUCGCAUCGUUGUUGUUUGGAUUC